GAUUUCCCUUUGUCGUGAUAUCUUCUAGACGACUUUGAUUUUUGAUUUGUGCUAAAACGAGUUAUGGGUUUUUUCGAAAAUGGUUUAUUUGCAACUCACGGGACAAAUGAUUUAGUAGUUUUGACCAUGCACAAGGAUUCUAGUUUGUAUUCCAUUAGUCGAUAGGCUUCAUGGCUUGAAGGGAAUAUGUGUGAGAAUCCUUCAAUAACCCGAAAAGUGGGUUUCUUUUGUGAAAAAAUGCAUUGUUUGCAUUAUAAAUUCACUUUCAUCACCAUAACUUGGUAAUAGUAACAUGAACUGUAUAGUGUGACAUAAAAUGAUUAGGCUCCUUUCUAUUUUUCUUUCAUAGGCCGAGGAGCUUACUGCAGCGCGUGAUGAAGGGAAGUUGGAGUUUGGAGGCGGGCGGUCAAAGGGUGGAGCCAUAUACGCAAACGGGCAAGGAAAACCGAAGAAGGGAAGAGGCGGUCCAAGAGAAGCGAAGAGGCUUAAGCAUUCGAGUGAACUAGACUAUGACUACGAGGAUGACCCCGACGUCACCUUAUGAUUAUUGUCAUUACAACAUCAAUGGCAAUGACGAUAAUUUGUACGGAAAAUUCCUCCUCCUUCUUCUUCUUGAUUAGACCUUUGAAGGUAACACCAGUAGAGGAGCUGUUGAGGAACUUGUGGAAGGCCUCAAAACAAAGCUGUCUUUUUGGCGCUUGAGGCAAUUUCAUUUGUACUGUCUCUGGUGAUUUUGCUCCAUCAUUUUGUGAACUUUGAAGGAUGGUUAUAUUCUAGGAAGAAAAAAAAGUAAUAAAAAGUGAUUUUUAUAUGCAAAUUCGUACGGAAGUUUCUUGGUCAAAGAAUCCUUUUUUAGGUUUCAGUUUCAUUUUCAUUUUGGUCGUUAGCAACUCGGAAGUCGAAGAGUUGCAACCCCAUCGAAUCAAAAUGUUUUGUUAAAGGAGACCCUUGGAAUUCCAAAUGACAGCGUUACAAAAUUAUUUCUCUAACAUUCCAUUCGAAAUUUCUCAGAUGGGUUAUGUCUGAAAUCUCGCUAUUCUUUCAUCCGGGUAAGUAAGUUUGCGUAUGCAUUUGGCUUGUAGAGUUUCAAUCUUCCUGGCAAAGACCUUUCCCGAUUUAGGGUUCUUUCCCAGUUUUCUUCAGGUUUUUGUUCCUUUUCCCCCUCAGAUUCUGCAGAAUCAGUGGCAAAUUUAUCGGGUGUUUUUGUUGAUUAGGUCAUGAGUUUACUGACGACGGUGUAAUCGUUAUCUUAGGAAAUCAAAUGAUGGAUUUUCAGUAAUUGGAUGACACUUUGCGGUUAAAAGAGAGCAUUUUUAGCGAAUCUUUUGGAAGGGUUUAUAUCUUUGUGUGCGCAAGAACUUGUAUUGAUGUAGAAAUUAGUUUUGGUAGAGAAAAAAAUCGUCGGCUUUUUUAUUGUGAAUUCUCAUCUGUGGACUUUGAUACGUCAUUUUGGAUGUUUCAUCUCGGCUCGGGCAAGGAUGAUCAUACUAUCGAUCCGAGAUAGUGAAAAGAAAUGGUUGGCAGUAGCAUUCAAGCUACUGGAGUUGCUGUUUUUUUUUUCUUUUCUGUACAUUAGAUGUUUACUAUGUUCUAACAUCAAAUGUUUUUGCAGGAAAUAUUUAGGUACUUUGGUCACGACCGGAGAUCAGUUUAUCUCUGAAGUCGGGAAAUAUGGACAGAGUCUCGACUCCACCAGGAUUUGUGUCACAAACGUCCUUCGUGUUGAAGCAUGUAUCCCGUGAAAAAGAAAUAACCAAUCUCUCUGACGAGGAAACUUUCAAGACUUGCCUUUGGAGCCGACCAUGGAUUCUACACGAUCAGGCAGCUCUGAACUCAGAGGCAUCAAGACAUGAGGUGACUUGUCCAUCGGCUCAGCCCUUCAGAAGGUCAUAUGGGCAUGGUUCGGAAACAUCUUUGUCUCCACAAAGUACACCAUCACAACCAUCUCCUCCGGAAGAUAUGGCGGAAUCUCAAGUGCCUCUCGAGGAUAUUCAAGAAAACCAGAGACGGACUACCGUUAGAUUGCUUCACCCUAACAAAGAGGGUGGAGCUUUAUGGUUUGAUAUCGAUAAAGAGGUGAAUGACUCGAUAUCAGAGUCCAUCAAGCAAUAUUUUGAUGGACUGUCACUCAACUGGUCCGUUCACAUAGCGAAAUUUGUGUGGUCUUGUUUUAUGAAAACGUGGAAUUGGGAUUCUGCACAUUCGGAGCACGUGCGCAUCAAAUGGAAGGCAAUCGUCGUCGAGAUCCUUAAAUCGGAGGUUGCUAGAAAACGUUAUUCCAAAUUCGGUGGUAAAUUGGUUGGAUCUUCUGGAGCAUCGCCACCAUCACUACCGAGUCGUCUGUCUCAACCAGAUGCUCCUCCACUGUUCAAGGAAGAUGAUCAUGGCGAUUUCAUGCUCGACAUCAAUGCAAUAUUAAAUUCAUUCAAUGAGCGAAAUGUCCCGAUUAUAGACCCCGAUCUUGAAGGAGCAUUAUGGUUUGGAGUUAACGAUAAAGAGUUGAAAGAGAAGGUAACAAAUAUAAUAAAAGCGGGAAUGCCUCCACUUUAUUACUGUUGGACAGUGGCUCCUGAACAUAUUCGACGUGGUUGGUGGUUGUCUUUUAUUCAAACCUUCAGAUGGAAAAAGAUGCACACCGACAAAAUUUUUAAAGAGUUUAAUCAAUUAGGAAUGCAAAGGAUUAAGCUCCUCAUGAAUAAUGCCAAGCGGAAGUAUGAUCUCCAUGACAAACCACCGGAAUGGGCUACCGAAGAUCUCUUUCGACAGCUCGUACAACAUUGGAGCUCUGAGCAUUUUAAGGAGAAGAGCGCCAAGGCGAAACAAAGUCGUCUUAGCCAAAAAUUUGCCGGCGAUGGUCCACAUCGUCAUACCUCUGGUGCUAAAUCAUUCAAGAAGAGGGCAAAAGAGAUGGAGAAAGAAAUAGGAAGGAAGCCAACACUCGUUGAGUUGGUCGCCCGAACGCAUAAAAGAUAUGAUGGAUCUAUCGUCGAUCCUCGGGCCGAGCGCAUCAUCGGAGUAGUGACUGAGAAGCUUACACAACUUUCACAGGCAUCUGACGGUGUCGACUCUUCCUCAAAUUUAUCUCCAAUCGAACAAGACAUAUGUUACGUUCAGGUGUACAAUAUGGAAACAAGUUACUUGCAGGAUCCCCGCCAAUGCGGGAAUGUACUUAAAGGAUAUGAAGGUUUCCUCUCAUCCUCCAAGAAUACUGCACUUUUGAAGCGGUCUAGAAGGGAGUUGGAGUCUGGAGGCGGGCGAUCAAAGGGUGGAGGCAUAUACACAAGCGGGCAGUAAGUUGUCAUUAAUAUACGCAAACGGGAAGCGUGGAACUGAGAAUGAGGUUCCAUUUGUGGAAAUGGGCAAAGGAAAACCGAAGAAUGGAAGAGGCGGUCCAAGAGAGGCGAAGAGGCUUAAGCAUUCGAGUGAACUAGACUAUGACCACGAGGAUGACCCCGACGUCACCUUAUGAUUAUUGUCAUUGCAACAUCAAUGGCAAUGGCGAUAAUUCGUACGGAAAAUUCCUUCCCUUUAUUCUUCUUGGGUAGGCAGACCUUUGAAGGGUAACACCCUGUCGAGGAACUUGUGGAGGGCCUCAAAACAACGCUGUUUUUUCCUUUGUCUUUUUGGAGCUUGAGGCAUUUUCAUUUGCAUUGUAUCUGUGAUGAUU